UCCCUUAAUUAAUUUUUUCUAGUAAUUUUUCUCCGGGUUUGUUCAACCGGUUCUAUCGGACUGCUGAGAUAUCGGAAUUCCAAUGAAAAAAAUUGUUAAAUAAUCAUGGGACUCACCGGUGCAGCAUGGCAUCCCCUCGAUCGUCGACCUCUCCAUCUCCUCCGGUGAUCAACAUCACGUGCAACAGGGGAGGUUGAUUCCACAAAAUCGAUCAAGUAACCGAUCGAAGUGUUCGACCAUGAUAUUGACUCCCACUUGAUCUGGCGAAUGGACCAGCCGGAGUCGAGAUGGUGUCAUCGAUGCCACAGUCGUCAGUCCACAUCCACACGAGCAGCAUCGUCGGGAUGGACAUCCCAAAAUUCCACAAUCCCACCGACUACCACCGCGUCCACAUCCCAGUGAAAAAAAUCCAACCACAGUGAAAUAAUAACUGAAUUAAAAAAAAAAAAUCACUCCGUGCGAAAUGCGCCAAAAAAUGCCACCGAUUUCCCUAAAAAUCAUUCCCACCACUUGAGUUUGAUCUGAUAAAAUAAACUCACAUGUGAACUAUAACGAUGCCAAACAAUUUUGCACAUUUUUACAAAAAAGACUAGUAGUUUCAACGUCAUUAGAGUCAUUCAUCUUGUCACAUAUAUCGCAAGUUUAUUUUUUAAAUCGUCAACUCGCGGUAAUUUUUGGCAGCAGUGUGGGUUGUGCCAGUGACAACACAAAUUUACAACAGUGAAAAAUAAAAAUAGUUGUUUAAAUCAUGUGAGAGCAGAGGAAGUAAUUUCUCAGUGAAUGAUUUCAUGACUGAUAACUAUUAACAGGAGUAAUUGAAAGUAUGCGUCAAGGGAUGAGAGAGGAUCGCUCGACGAUCGAUAAAUUUCCCUUUGGGAUUAAUAGCGUCGUCCACACGUCCAUCACCGAAAUAUCACGUUUCAGUGAUAACAACACAGUAAACAACCCGGAAUUGAUACCCACCGAGGGUUUCAAUCAGACAACCCCCAAGCGUGAUGCCCUGUACAUAGUUAUCCCCAUAACUAUUAUUUAUAUGGCAAUAUUCAUCACUGGUCUCGUCGGUAACGUCUCCACGUGCGUUGUCAUUGCUAGAAAUCGAUCAAUGCACACAGCCACCAAUUACUACCUGUUCAGUCUAGCUAUUUCCGAUUUACUUCUGCUAGUAUCAGGUUUACCACCCGAGAUGUACUACAUCUGGUCACAUUUCCCAUACGUCUUCGGCGAGGGCUUCUGCAUCAUUCAGAGUUUUGCUGCUGAGACAUCAGCCAAUGCUACUGUCCUCACCAUCACAGCAUUCACAGUUGAAAGAUACUUCGCUAUUUGUCAUCCAUUUCUAUCUCACACCAUGUCCAAACUAUCCAGAGCAGUGAAGUAUGUUAUUCUCAUAUGGAUACUUGCACUAUGUCUGGCAAUACCCCAGGCCAUUCAGUUUGGUAUUACCUUCUCACAAACCCUGAAUGGCACAGCUAUUCCAGGGACCGCAGCUUGCUCGGUCAAGUGGGAAAUUAUCGACCAUGCAUUUGAAAUAUCUACGAUAUUGUUCUUUGUUCUACCAAUGACCAUCAUUACUGUACUUUAUGUACUCAUUGGGAUUAAAUUGAGACGAUCGAGACUAUUGGUGGCUGUUAAACGGAAUCCCAUGCCGGGAAGUCUCAACAGCAGUGAGAGUGGAAGGUCCAGGGUGUCGUCGCAGAGAAAUGUCAUACGAAUGCUCGUGGCUGUGGUAGUUGCCUUUUUUAUUUGCUGGGCGCCUUUUCAUGCCCAGAGACUGUUGGCAGUUUACGCAAAAAGCAUUGGUGAUGCUGGUGGACAAUCCCUGGUGACGAUCUACACGAUUCUCACGUACAUCUCGGGAAUAUUCUACUACCUGUCGACGACGGUCAAUCCUCUUCUGUACAACAUCAUGUCGCACAAAUUUCGGGAGGCAUUCAAGGGAAUGUUGGCGGAUCGGUGCGGUGCGAGAAGAUCGAUACAACGUGCGAGUCCUCGUCGUCAGACGUAUACCAGUCUCUCCAAGUAUCAGAAAUCGAUGUCGAGGAGACCUGAGCUGAAUUCGGGGUCAUAUUCGGCCAGUGAUGACACACAAAGGCUGACGGCGAUCGUCCGGGGGGUGGAAAUCGAGGGGAAAAAUUGUGAGAGGCCGGAAGUGAUGGAUGAACGUGGGGAAUCGGUUCCUGAGGGGAUGCCGGGGGUGACAGGGUGUGACAGGAAGCCUGGGAGGACUCGGGGGACUUGCUCCGAUCCUGAAGAAGUCACUGUCCCGGAAAAAAUUAUCGAUGACGAAUCCAGAGUCAAGGAUACCGUGUCUCAUAAAUGUCUCAUCGUCCAAAGACCUAUCAAGACUGUCAGCAUCGGACUUAUUGCUGAACGAUUGAGAUCUGGUACGAAGGAGCUCUUCGCUCAUCAACAGAAGCAAGUUAAAUCAAGGAUGAGGCCCGAGCUGUCCCAACGGGCCCAAUCUAUAAUUCAGAGUCGUACGAGCAUCGAGAGUGCCAAUACCAUCAGUAACUCGAGCCUCCAGGAUCUGGAUGAGACUGAAUUUACUGGGUCUGAACUCGCUGAGUACAUGGGGAAGGUGAACAUCGAACUCGUCACCUGACGAAUCGACCUGGAGGACUCCGACGCCGAGGACGAGCUUUGAAAGUCUUUGCCAUUUGUGAAAUAUAUCGUCAAGUGUGAACUCUGCGUUCUCGUACAAACUUCUUAUUUUAUUUAAUCGAUGUAAUUAACGUCAAGACUGCUUGGAGGGGAAAUAUCAACGAUCACAGAAUUUAUUGAUUUCAAAGUGUACAAGCUACCUGUGAUUGAUUUUAGCCCAGACAAUGAAGGAUCGUUCAAGUAAUAAUAAUAUUUCUCGAUUUAAGGAUAUCCAACUGAAUUUUAAUAUCCAAUAUGACUCACAUUGUAAAUUAUAUAAUAAACUAUCAAUUUUGUUGAUUGAAUUGCGUCAUUAAUUACCCUUCCCACUUUUUUCUUACUCGUUUCAUCCAAAUAAAUAAUUCUAAUUAUUUUCUGAAUGCAUUUUCGAUGAAUUAAAAAAUUCGUGGAUAAACUGGAGUUGCAGAAAAUUAUUUGAAGGCAAUAAAAAUGAUAAAAAAUAUUGAUAUUUUGAAUUGAAUGACUCCCGCAAGUUUUCCAUCGAUGAAACAACGAGGUCACUCGGAAAUUCCUGGAAUAUAUCGGGAGAAAAUUAAAGGAAAGAGAUUAUUGUAGGG